CGAAAUAACUACUGAAUGAAUUGUGUUUCAUAAAUGUACCUUAACGCCGAAAUACCACAAUCAAACCUAACCUUACUUUACCUAACCUAACCUAGCCUAGCCUAGCCUAGCUUAACCUAGUCUAACCUAACCUAGUUUAACCUAACCUAACCUUUGUGGCAGUCCUGCAAUGACAUUUUUCGGCGUUGUGGUAAUUCGGCGUUGUGGUACACAACAGUUUUCUAGCUGUCGGCGUUGUGGUCAAUUUGGCAUUUCGGCGUUGUGGUAUUUCGGCGUUGUAAAUUUGGCAUUUCUGCGUUGUGGUGCGUCCCCCGCCGCCACGACGGUUUCGCCGGAGCGGGAGCAUGCAGGCGGAACAGUGCUGCCGCGGCGCCGUGCUGGCGGCGGGCUUGACCCUGGCAGUGGUAUUAGUGCUGCUCUCCGGCGCGGCGGCAGAGGAGCAGAAGAGCCAGAACCCGUGCACGAGCCAGCAGAACUGCAGCCAGUGCAUUCGCACCCCCACCUGCGCCUGGUGCAGCGACCCGGAUCUCCCGAAAGACAAGAAGAGGUGCUUCCAGCAUGCGUCGGCCACGUACCUGGGAGAGUGCAGCCAGAGGUUCGUCUACAACCCUGGCAACCUGUACGUGGCGACCAGGAAGGAGAGCCUUAGGAAGGCCUCGUUCUCCUCCUCCUCUUCGUCCUCGUCCUCUUCAUCAUCCUCGUCCUCCUCUUCGUCCUCCUCUUCGUCGUCUUCUUCCGGCUACCAUCACGAGGCCGUACAGAUAAAGCCGCAGAGAGUUUCAAUGAAGCUCAGAGUCCAGGAGGAGCAGUGGAUGCGCAUCGAGUACGCGCAGGCGGAGGACUACCCCGUGGACCUGUACUACCUCAUGGACCUGUCCAAGUCCAUGGAGGACGACAAGGAGAAGCUGUCGUCGCUGGGCGACCUGCUGGCGGAGAGCAUGCGCAACAUCACCAGCAACUUCCGCCUGGGGUUCGGCAGCUUCGUGGACAAGGUGGUCAUGCCCUACGUCAGCACCGUGCCCAAGAAUCUGGAGGAGCCAUGCCCGAAGUGCGCUGCCCCGUACGGGUUUAUAAAUGUUAUGUCUUUGAGUCAGAACACCAGUAGGUUUUCCACGGAGGUGCGGAACGCGAAAGUGUCGGGGAACCUGGACGCCCCUGAAGGAGGGUUCGACGCGAUCAUGCAGGCGGUGGUGUGCCGCGACGAGAUCGGCUGGAGGAACAACGCCCGCAGGCUGCUGGUGUUCUCCACGGACGCCAGCUUCCACUACGCUGGCGACGGCAAGCUGGGAGGCAUCGUGAAGCCCAACGACGGCCACUGCCACCUGGACGACAAGGGCAACUACACGCACUCCACGCUGCAGGACUACCCGUCCAUAUCGCAGAUCAACCGCAAGGUCAAGGACAACGCCAUCAACGUGAUCUUCGCCGUCACCAAGGAGCAGAUCAACGUGUACAGCAGCCUGCAGAAGAACGUGGAGGGCUCCAGCUCCGGCGUGCUGUCCGAGGACUCUUCCAACGUCGUCGACUUCGUCAGGGACCAGUACAACAAAAUCACGUCGUCGGUGGAGCUGAAGCACAACCUGACGGACAGCAACGUGCAGAUAAAGUACUACUCGUCGUGCGUGAACGGCACGUACAAGGAGACCAGCACGUGCGACGGCCUGAAGGUGGGCACCCAGGUGGAGUUCCAGGCGGAGCUGAAGGUGACCCGCUGCCCGGAGGACCCCCGCGACUGGAAGAAGACCUUCCAGAUCUACCCGGUCGGCAUCAGCGAGGCGCUCAUCAUCGACCUGGAGAUCCUGUGCGACUGCCCCUGCGAGCGGCCGGGCAGCGAUUUCUUCGAGGAGAAGUCGGCGCGCUGCUCGGGCGUGGGCACCCACAUGUGCGGGGUGUGCAAGUGUGACGACCAGCACUUCGGGCGCACCUGCCAGUGCGGCCUGGACAAGCCCCACACGGGCACGGACGUCGACACCACGGGCUGCCGCGCCCCCAACUCCACCCUCGAGUGCUCGGGCCGGGGCACGUGCGACUGUGGCGUCUGCAGCUGCACCGACCCGUGGGUGUCGGGGGAGUACUGCCAGUGCGACAACAUGGCGUGCGACCACCACGACAACCAGCUGUGCGCGGGCCACGGCCGCUGCGAGUGCGGGGUGUGCAAGUGCUUCGACGGCUGGAAGGGCUCCAGCUGCAGCUGCACCACGCGCAACGACUCCUGCGUGGACCGGCAGGGCGCGGGCGACGCCGAGGUGUGCUCGGGCAACGGGGCCUGCGAGUGCGGGGAGUGCGUCUGCCGCCAGGACGAGGAGGGCCGGCCCUACGACGGCGUCUACUGCGAGAUCAUCCCGGCAACGUCUGGCAAGUGUCUGGAGUUCAGAGACUGCGUGCAGUGCCUGAUGUACAAGACAGGACCCAUCGACAACGAAGAAGAUUGUGCUAGUAAUUGCACUGCGUUCUCACCACAGCCAGUCAAAACUGUUGUGGCCGACGAGGACAAGUACGAGUUCCUGUGCACGUACUACGACGAGGACGACUGCCGCUUCGCCUACAUGUACACGUACAAGGACCACAAGCUGGUGGUGAUGGCCCAGGAGGAACGCGAGUGCCCGCCGGAGAUCAACAUCCUGGGUAUUGUGCUGGGUGUGAUUGGAGCCAUAGUUCUGAUUGGCCUGGCUCUUCUGCUGCUGUGGAAGCUGCUCACCACGAUCCACGACCGGCGGGAGUUCGCGAGGUUCGAGAAGGAGCGCAUGAUGGCCAAGUGGGACACUGGUGAGAACCCCAUCUACAAACAAGCUACGUCUACAUUCAAGAACCCAACGUAUGCUGGCAAAUGAUACUGAGACACAGUUGAUUUUAUCCAGCCCAACAUGUUUUGUACCGUAUGUUUUUCUAAGUGCAGCGUUCUACAGUCAAUUCAAGUAUUCAAGAAUGUUCAAGUUUGAACAAUGUUUGGCUGGUGCUUUCCUAAAGUAAAUUAAAUAUUUUGACUAUGAUUUGGGCACAUCAAUGAAGUCCAGCCAAAUUAGAUUGUCAUUUUGUGCAUUAGAUAUGUUUUUAUUAAAUCUUUUUAUUUUUUCUAUAUUAAUUGUGCAGCUUAUAUAUUUAGAAUUUUUUAUAUGCAAUUUUUUGUGCCAUAUGCAUUUUUUUUUCCUCAAGUAUGAUGUGUUGUAGAUUAUUUUUAUAGGUUAAGAGUCGAUGAGUGUUUGUGUUAAAAAUGACUGAAAAAAUUUACAAAAUAAAUUUUGAAAGAUUGUGCUGAAACUUGAAGUGAAUUGAUUCUAUCACCGUGCUCGGUACUGGCCUUGAUAGUGCACAGUGCCCCUUGUGAAGAUUAUGUGCUUGAAAGUGGUUGUUUUUUUUAUUUGUGUGGUCAGCCAGUUUUCUGUUGGUGUAACUGGUUAUGUAUUUAAAGACAGGCAGGCAACUGCACCACCAAGUAAUUUAGGGCUAGUGCAUAGACAAUGUGAAAUAUUUAUAUAACAAUUUUUUUUUGUGAUGUGUGUGCUUUCAGUUUUAAUAUUUUAAUGCGCACUAUAUGGGCUGCUUUGUAAGCAGGUGUGAUCUCCGAGGCGCCGUGUUGGUAGCCAUUACGAAGUGGGUGCUUGUAUUGGUGACAUUGUGAAAAGAUAUUUAUGAAGCAUCACAACCUUUGGUGUAAAGAACAGGAAAGAAAAAAAAAAUUACCUGUAAACUAUCCUAAAAGUAACUAAAGAUAAUUUAUUCACAGACUGAUUUCAGAGUGAGCUCAUGUGUCUUGUGUGUGAAACAUAUUUUGGAAAUGCACCUGAUCUUGCAAAGAUCCCAAAAGUGCCUUAACUCGAUAGUUUUUAACACACAGGUGAAGUGAAUCUCUCUUCAUUUUUUAAGGGGGAAUCAGGUAUUAAUGUUGCAGCGAUGUCAGCUGUCAUUCAACUGGUAUGUGCCUUUGAAGUGAACCUCAUGUAUCUUACUAAAGAAAACACUCAAAAUAUAAACUUUGUCUAAUUUUUGUAGAGUAUGCUUUUGCUAAUAUUUGUUGUUAAUGCAUAGAUGUAAAAUAAUUUAUGUACCUAUAUGUGAAACCUAGUAUUCUCUUGUAUGUUUAAACUAGUUGUUACAGAUUAAAAAAAAAGUAAUUUUAUAUAAAAAUAUACAUAUAUAAAUUUUUUCUGUUUAAUGGAAGUUAAUUAUUGAAGUAUAAAUUUUUUAAUAAUAAUAUUUAUGAGUUCGUAUUUGUGGUAUUUUAUAUUCCAAGGUGCAGCAAGAACGGAAUAUACAUGACUAUCUGUUCAACUUAAACUGUGUUGUUUUUGUGGUCACUGAUUUGUACAUGUACUUUAGUUUAUCAUAAGUUUGAAAGGGUUUCGACAUUAAUAUUUUAACUGUGAACAUUUUAAGUUAUUUUAGUUUGCCAUUUGUCACGAAUAAUUGUGUCCAAGCUUAAUUCUAAGCUCAAAGAUGUCUCUAGCACUAUUUUCAUGAAUUAAUUGUCUAGUGAAUGGAAAAUAUUUUCUAUAUUUUGUAAAUCAAGUUGCAUUCAGUUGUCAUGUGUUAUUUCCUUUCAUUUUUUUUAUUUGAAUGUGUGUCAAGUUCUUGAAAAAAAUGUUCUGCAGGUAAUUUAAUUUAAAGCAGUUAGUUUAUCUUAAGUAUUUAACUCUCAGCACAAAGAAUAUUGCAUGAUGAAAUAUUUUAAACUGAUGAAGUAUUUUUUUUCUAGUUUUGAGAAAUUUUACUGGAGUUUUUUAUUUUUUAUUUACUGCAACAUACCUAAAUUGGAGCGUAUUUUGGUCACCUCUAGAAAUUACUUCAGGCCAUGGUUUCAUAAAGUACCUAUUAUAUUGUAAAAACUAUUUAUAUAUCUCUAACAAAUGUGCAAAGGCAAUACUUAUUUAGUUUGUGCUCAAAGUGAAACAUUGUGUAAAACACUAAACUUAUUUAAUAUGAUUUUGUACCAAAUGAAAACUGUCUAAAUAUUAUGAAUGUUGUACAGACUAAAGCCGGGAUUAUACUAGCCUGUCGCAUCUGUGCGACAUCUGUCUUUCCAUCGCUCUUUCGUCCAAUGCCACGCAGUUAACCAAGCAAGUAGUGCUGCCAAUAAUCUAUUGUUUCUCUCUCGGAAAUUAUUUAGUUGGUUAUGUAGUGUUCCUGUAUGUAAUAUAUUAGCAAAUCCUCGGAAAAAUUCAGUAAUGAUAUAGUUGUUUGGACGUGGGUUUUUACAGCCGUAAUUUUAUCAUGCAAAACGCCUGAGUGAACAGAUACAAACUCCACAGGCCUGUAUUCUGGUAAAAAUUUACUGGCGUAACCAAAUUAAAGAUGUAAUUCAAUCGUCCUUCAGUCAAAAGUAUUAGAAUGCCAAACUUUUGACAAACGGAUGGAGGCUACAGGCUGUUAUUAUUCCGGCUAGACAUACGGACUGUACGUACAUACAUACUGACAUUCUGUUUGCAUAUUAUUUCAUUUAUUUCUAAAAGAAAAUGCCUGCUAGAUACAUAAUUAUUAUUUUCAAUCAAGACUGUUCAUUGCUUUCUGCUUAAUCAUUACUAUUAGGGUUUAUUGGUGAUAAUGGAUUGUAAUGUGAGUUAGUGUACUUUCUCCAAGUGUUUUCCGCAGGUUGCUGCCUUUUGGUUUUCCAUUACUUUCCCUCAUUUCAGAAUCUGUGAGUGAAUGCUAUUGGUGAGCUGGAAAGACUUCAUUUCACAGACGAGAGAGCUACACCCGAAGUUCCCCGAAGUUCCCCGAAGUUCAUGCUCGCUUUUUUUUCCGUUCUAUCUCAUUGUAUAAACCGGUGUGGCAUGAAAUUUUGCGGUCGAUUAGGAUAGGUUAGCUACAUUAUAAAUACUUUAAAACAUUGUGGAUGGUUGGUUAUAUUAGGUAAGUAUAGCUACAUUAAAAAUACUGUAAAAUCAUUUUAUGGUUGCUUAGCAAAUAACUUUUUAAUAUGUAACUAUCCAGUGCUAGGAAACUGUUUUAAAGUAUUUAUAAUGUAGUUAACCUAACCUUUUACAAUGAACAAAAAAAAAACCGGAGAUGCAUGAUCGUGUGUUUGGCUCUCUCGUCUGUGAAAAGAAGGCUUCCCUUGGUAAGUUUCUCUUUUGCUAUUCUUAGUUGAAUGAAAAGUUAAGUAUCCAUAGUUUAUUCUGCUUAUCCUUUAUUUAAGUAGUUAAUCCUGCAUUUUUAAGGACUGAUGAAUGACUUAAGUGUCUCGUUACUAGUGCCUUGCCUUAAAAAUUAAAUUACAAUAAACAACUUUCAAGUAGUUUUCCUACUCUGUAAAAACUCACAUUAUUAGGCCUUUGUUAUACGCUUUACUGGUCAGAAAGUUGAAACCUUUGUCUAUUCAAAAACAGUUUACAUAAUUUCACUGUAUAUAAAUAUCAAGCAUAUUCGUAAGUAUAUCAUCUUAUAAAUAGUAUAAGGCUUUUACAUGAUGCACACUGCCACUCGAACGUUACUUCAUUGUCAUGUAACAGUGUUUUAGUUGGAAAUAAAUUAAUUCUCUUAACAAA